AUCUUCUUCUUCGGCUCUUCUCUCUUUGCUACUAUCUCUCGUCCGAAAUGGCGUUACAGAACGAGGACAAUAAGAAAGAAGAAAACAAAAAGACAAAGAAGAAGUGGCAGAAGAGUUACUUCGAUGUGUUGGGAAUCUGUUGUCCGUCGGAGGUUCCUAUUAUCGAGAAUAUUCUCAAGUCUCUCGACGGCAUUAAAGAAUAUUCCGUUAUCGUUCCGACUAGAACGGUGAUCGUAGUCCACGACAGCCUCCUCAUCUCUCCAUCCCAAAUUGCUAAGGCACUGAACCAAGCUAGGUUAGAAGCAAACGUGAAAGUAGACGGUAAAACCAGCUUCAAGAACAAAUGGCCAAGCCCUUUCGCGUUGAUUUCCGGCAUACUCCUCCUCCUCUCCUUCUUGAAAUUUGUGUACUCGCCUUUUCGAUGGGUCGCUGUCGCAGCCGUGGCCGCCGGUAUUUAUCCGAUUCUUGCCAAAGCCGUUGCUUCUAUAGGAAGAUGCAGGGUCGACAUCAACAUCCUGAUCAUUAUAACUGGUAACUCUACUUUUCAUUUUUUUAAUAAAUUCUUUUUAACCGCACAAGUCAAGAUUGGCGUGUAACCAUCAUAGGUUUCG